GGUUUGUAUAAACAGAUCGCAGACGGAGCCGCCUCGCCCAAAACAUGUCUAAAGUAACGUUUAAAAUCACCCUGACGUCGGACCCCCGGCUGCCAUACAAAGUACUAAGUGUCCCAGAGAGCACACCAUUCACGGCAGUUUUGAAGUUUGCAGCUGAGGAGUUCAAAGUGCCAUCAGCAACCAGUGCAAUAAUAACAAAUGACGGAAUAGGAAUCAAUCCUGCCCAGACUGCAGGGAAUGUGUUUCUAAAGCACGGCUCAGAGCUUCGCAUCAUUCCCAGAGACAGAGUGGGAGGACAGGGAGACUGAUGCUGCUUUCCUCGUUGACGGCAUAAUGACUCACGGCAGAAUCAUAUAACACUUGAGACCCAGGAAACACCUCAGCGUGUGCCGUAUUUAUUUUCUGGCCCACAACUGACAGCCACUCGCAUAAGACAAUGAAUAUUCACCUUAUCAAUGACGUGCAAAUACAUUUGUAUGUUCCCCUGUGUCUUCGGCAGAUACAAAAGUUUGGAGUAACACCAAGAGACAUAGAUACCAAAUAAGUAAUAAACACAGCAGCAGUGGCAUCAUGGGAAAGAUUUUCGAUUAACAACAACAAAGAUUAACAAACAACAUGGACAGCAGCAGCUUUUGUAUCUUUGUAAGUGACAAUAAACAAAAUGACUAACAGGACAUGUCUAUUCUGCUGUGUGUACUUUUGUUUUUAUUAGCAUUGUGAGUCCAUCGGUGUUAAAUGUUUUAAUUUUUUUUACAUAUAACAUGACUUAAGAGAAAGUGUCACUUUACUAAAUGGUUGCUAAAGAAUGUAGUUAUCUGUUCACAUUACUUACUCGUUUUUAAUGUCAGACACUUGUCAGACAAGUAUUCCUCACACAUAUUAGAUUUGCAUUAUGGAUCUGUUCUGAACUUGUAUUGUGGACCAGAUUCUGUGUCUUCAAAUUAAAAUAUAAAACUAUUAAACCGAACUGUGCAAACAAAUGGA